AUCGCAAAUCUCAAAUUUUUGGCUUCCGCGCAGCAUUUUCUCAAUGGUCGGAUGCGAAAACGAGGUUGCCAAGACUAUUUGCUCAAUUUGCUUUGAAGAUCUUAAACCAAUCGUUGAAGAUCUCCAGUCGAUCGCAGUUUGCGGACACGUUUUUCACGAACUCUGUCUUCAGCAAUGGUUUGAGUAUUGCACAAAAGGAAAGAACACUUGCCCAGUAUGCAAACAGGCAUGUAAGGCGAAGGAUGCGAGCCGGCUUUAUUUUCAGUCUGUUGGUGAUAUAAAUGAAACCAGCCUCUCCCAGAAUUCUCUUCACAGUGAGAAGAAUAGAGAAGAGUUGCAGAGAGAGGUUAGGAUAUUAGAAGGGAGAGUUUCCAAACUGAGCUCUGUUCUGGAUCAGCACCAGAAAGAACUCAAAGAUGUCACUGAGGAGCUGUUGAAAUCUAAGGAUCAAGUUAAGGUUGAAGUUACACUGAAAAAUGAGGCUUUGAAGCAGAAUGCUGCGGCUCAGAACUUGCUUUAUGUUAAAUCUAAGGACCUGGAAAUAUCAACUUCAGAAUGCACAAAGCUAAAGGAAAGAAAUCUUUCACUGGCCAAGGAACUCGCAUCACUUAAGUUGGUCUGUGAUCUAAAUCUGGAGGAAGAAGAAGUCCUAAAGUUGGCUACAUUAGGAAAUGGGCCCAACAGUAAACAGACAGUUGAUGUCUUGAAAAGAUCAUUAGUCAUCCGGAACAAGAGUUACAAAGAAUUAAUGGCGAAGUGCAAUUCUCUUGGACGAGGAGAAGCACGUACUCUUUGUAAACUUGAGAAAGCCAAAGCCAAGAUCCAUACACUGAAAGUAAGGGUUCAAGAACUUGAGAGUGCUGCCGAAGCAAAAGAAAAUAAAGCAUUAAGAACUUUGAGAACUUCUAAGAGGAAAACAUUUGAGGAGGAUUUAUCAGAUGCCUUUGGCCAAGAAAACAAAUUUAUGAGGUGCUCAUAUAAGGAUCAACAAAAGUGUUCCCCCGUGUCAAGGGUAGGUUUGAAUCUAGCCAGUAACAUGCAUACUGAUUUACCCCAUUCUAGAGAAAAGGAAACAAACAAAGGGAAGGACAAUACAGGAAAGGAUACAAUGGAAGAAACAGUUGCUUGCAAUCUCCAAGAAAACCGGGAGUUUUCUUUUUUAAGACAACAUAGAGAUAUAUUUGAGAUUUCUACUAAUGGGGGGAAUGAAGGUUUGCAUACAAAUUUGAAGUCUACAACUGGUAACCAAACAAGUGUCCUUGAUUGCCAUUUCUCAAACCCCAGUGUGGAGACAAUCAGUGGGGUUCAAGUGCCUCAAGAACAAAACAAGGAAGAAAUGCCGAGCUCAAGAAGUUCUGAUAAGAGCAAUAAAAACUUAUCACCAGAUACAAUUGACAUCGAUGAUGAUUUGAUGAUUUUAGAUGACACAAGUCCACCUCAAGCAUCACUUCACAUCAGAAAAGACACUUCACCCCUUCCUGGUGCACCAGGAGACCGUUGCUUCUCUGGUGGGUUGAUAGGUCCUGAUGGAACCAAUUGGCAUUUAGGGAAAUGGUGCAAGAAGGCACAGACCAAGGGCUCAUCACCAUCGACAACCUCCCCUGUAUCUGCUUCUAUAGCUGGUAACUUGAUUGCUGUUGGAGCAGACGGACGAGGUGGUAGGAUCAAAGUUCUUAAGUCCUCAAACCACUUACCCUUGGUGAGCACAAAUAGUUCCUUGCUUCUUUUCCUUUAUUUCCUCUCUAAAUAAUGCCACAUUAUGCAUAAACAACAAACCGGUGCACAAAGAGUGAGGGUCGAGGGACGAGUCCCACCAUAAUGGUGUGAUGUAAGCAAACGUUACCUUGUAUUUAUACAAGUCCCUCGAACCCACGACCUCAUUGUCCCACAACGCCUCGUCUGGUAAAAGCUACAAAGUAAUGUGUGGUUUUUGCGAGCAGGAAAAUAACAGGUUAUCAGCCUCAACUAAGAGAUCCAAGAAUGGGGUGAAAGCAAACAGUGUGCAGUCUCAAGGGUGUUUGCAGAUAGAUCACUUCUUUAGUAAGGCUGGCUAAUAAGUGUAUGUAUGAAGGCCGCCUGUAAAGCAUCUCUUUUCUUUUUACCUAUAGGCUUGUCAAUCUGUUGGGUCCGGACUCUGGCCCGGACUUGGAUCUCAUUUGAACCUGGGCUUGGAUCCGAUAAGAACCCGAACCAUUGACAGGACUAUUUAGCGGCAAGCAACAUGCAAUCUUAGGCUUUGGGUUUUGUAGUUUUAGCCUUUAAGGUAUAUUUUGAUGGUUGUAUCUCAAAAACGUGAGCAAACCGAUACGUUGAAGGAAAUAUUUUUGUUAAGGCGCUUUGAUUAUUUAAUAAGGUUACCAAUUAUUG